AUCUGGCUACACAAUCCUGUAUUGAUAUGAUGCCACUUUACUACAGUAUCGCGCAAUUAUAACUAUAUGAUAUAUAAUAGCCUCAACUGGAUUUUCAACUAAUUGUUAGAGAGACUGGAGUUUCUAAACCCAGAGGCGCAACAUCGCGAGACUUCCGGGAACGCGUGUGAAACAGACCAGAAAGACCAGGUCGGGGUUUGGGGUUUGAGAAGUGAAAAAUAUUCCAUAUUCCAUUUUCUCGAAAUCAAAGGGCAAAACCUAGAUUCGAUCCGGUGUCUUCAGUAGUUAAACAUGGUAUUACUCCAACCUCGUGAUAGUGACAAACUGAUACGUUUUAAUGUGUCAGAAACAAUUGUAUAUCGAAUGAGUGCCUUUGAAUUGACGUCCGAUAUAUGCGCAGUUUGGCGAGAGACGACUGUUAUACCAUAUGUUGUUUAUAACUAAACCUUGUUCUAUAUGUGGUAAAUACGUACUUCUGCUCAUGUGCUUAGCUAGGCAACGUCGCCAUGACAUCACCUACAAGUGUGAACGGCCAUUUCAAUUGGAGAGCAGUUUCUGUCAAUCAUACUGUACUUUAUUUGUCUACUCCUUGCGGGCUGCGUCAUACUGCUGCAAUGUUGACGGUCUCGAUUAAUAUUAUCGAGCAUAGAAAUAGAACGCAUAGAACGCCCCGCACACCAUCGUUGUUUCAACCAGGGAGUUCGACACAACAAGAGAGAGAAGUAGAGCCACCCAAAAUAACAUCAGAGGAAUAAAGCGACCGAAGAGAGGCUGCGAUAAACAUAGCCGUAUAUAGCUUAGCACGCAUGCUAACGUUGGCUUCUAGUUAGCUAGCUACGUCGCAACGGCCACGCAGAGAACAACAUCAGAAGGCGAUAGUUAGAAGACAGUGUUUACAACUGUAUUUCAAUGGUAUUUUUACAUAAAAGCAGGUUCGAGCAUUAUGUCCUGCUCUGGUAACCUGGUUUGGGAUGUUAACAAGCGUUCCAUUGGAUAUAAUGACCCGAAUGCUGUCAGGAUCAACUACUUAGGGAGAAGAGAAUUUGUCCAGCGGCUGAAACUCGAAGCGACACUCAAUGUUCACGAUGGCUGUGUCAAUACUAUAUCCUGGAACGAUACCGGGGAGUACAUCUUGUCAGGGUCGGACGAUACCAACCUGGUCAUCACAAACCCAUACAACAGAAAGGUCAAGGCAACCAUACGGUCGGGUCACCGGGCGAACAUCUUCAGUGCUAAGUUCAUGCCUCAGACCAGUGACCAGCAGAUCAUCUCGUGCUCUGGGGAUGGUAUCAUCUACUACACCCACACAGAGAAGAGCCCCGACAUCAACCGGCAGUGCCAGUUCACCUGCCACUACGGAACAGCCUACGAGAUUAUGACGGUACCCAACGACCCCUAUACGUUCCUGUCGUGUGGGGAGGACGGCACCGUGCGCUGGUUUGACCUGCGCACAAAGACCAGCUGUACUAAAGAGGACUGCAAAGAUGACAUCCUGAUCAACUGUCGGCGGGCGGCGACGUCUAUCUCCAUCAGUCCGCUGGUGCCCUAUUACCUGGCAGUGGGCUGCUCUGACAGCUCCGUACGCAUCUAUGACAGACGCAUGCUGGGCACCAGGGCUACGGGGAACUACAUGGGCCGUGGAACGACGGGCAUGUGUGUGCGCUUCGUUCCGGCCCACCUGUCCAACAAGUCGUGUCGUGUGACUUCACUCUGCUACAGCGGGGACGGACAGGAGGUGUUGGUCAGCUACUCUUCAGACUACGUCUACCUGUUUGACCCCAAUAAUGACCAGGCCCGAGAGCUGAAGGGUCCGUCCGAGGAGAGGAGGGAGGAGCUGCGGCAGCCCCCAGUGAAGCGUCUUCGUUUACGAGGUGACUGGUCUGACACCGGUCCACGAGCUCGUCCUGAGAGCGAGAGAGAGCGGGACGGAGAGCAGAGUCCCAACGUGUCGCUGAUGCAGAGAAUGUCGGACAUGUUGUCCCGCUGGUUUGAGGAGGCCAGCGAGGCCCAGGGCAGCCGGGGGACCACACGCCCUCAGACACGCCCUACAGGCACUCUUCCUCGCAUAGAGGGGGCCCCCACCAUCCCAACACUCCCUACCAUACCCCCUCCACAAGCUGCCAGCGCCCUAGAGGGCUCUGUGGAAAUGGAGGCCUCCGCCGUCAACCCUGUACCUGUACCCAUCUCCAAGUCCACCUCCUCCUCAGGGUCAUCGUCAACGGUUACAGCACAUCCUCCAUCAACCUCCUCAUCCAUGGAAAGCUCGGUGCUUCCCUCAUGCGCCCUCACCACCUCCCCAGAUUCAGAGCAGAGGAGUCAGGCAGACAUGGCUGUGACCUCCACGCCAACACCCACACCCACCGCAGAGGCCACACUGUCUGAGUACGGCCCUCAUCGGCUGCCAGUAAGUUUAGUGUGUAGGCGCUUGCAGCGGCUGCUCCUGUUGGCCGACCCCCCAGGACAGAGUCAAUCCUCUUCCUCCACCGCAGGCACUGAGAGCCAAUCACAGGGGGCUGUUGCUGCUGCCACCAAGAUGGCCCCCCCUACAGAUUCUCCCUCGUCUGUGGUUAACAAACAGCUGGGAUCCAUGACUCUGGAUGAGCAGCAGGGAGCAUCAGAAGCUGUGAGUGCUGGAGCGAGUUCGAUUAAAGUGAAAACUCUGUCUGCGUCUGCCAGUGUAACUGGCACCUCGUCUGGGUCCGGGGCACCCAGCAGCAGUACUGGACCUGGAGGUAGCCGAGCCAGCACGGCAGAACCCGUCCUGAGUCUACACUACAGCACUGAGGGAACCACCACCAGCACCAUCAAACUGGACUUCACCGACGAGUGGAGCCGCAGAGCUCCUAGUUCCAGGGGCCUCGGAGCCUCCAGUUCCAGGGGCAGCGGAGUCUCCAGUGGAGAGUCCAAACCGUCAGAGGCAGCAGGGGCCGCCCAGACCAGGGAAGGGCCCUUGGCAGAGAGCUCUGCCUCAGAGCAGGUGGCUGUGUCGGAGCCCUCCGGCCAGAGCAGGUCUGCUGCUUCCCACACAGACCCACUGUGUGAGGCUGGGGGUGCCUCCUUCUCCAGCACCCAGGGCUCCACGCAGGCCCAGGCCACAGCACAAGCCUCCUCUGUGGGGGAUUGUGUGACUACCACACCCCUGGAGAGGAACCAGGGUGUGGGUGCAGAGGACACCACUGGGGGGUGCAGGAGAGAGGAGCCUGUGGGGGAGGAGGGGCAUGGGGGUCCAGGGGGGCAGGGGGUUCCAACGGGACCAGGAGGACAGGGUCAACCCUCCCGUAGCCACCAGGACUCAGACGACAGUGAUGACGAUCCAAUUCUUAUCCCCUCUGCGAGGUACAGAGGAGGACAGGGACAGAGAUCUAAUUUCAGAGGAUCAGCGGUAGGAGAUAGGAUGAUCAGACGCUCAGCUGCGGCCCGUAUCCAGGAACUGUUUCGUCGGAGGAAGGAGAGGAGAGAGAUGGAGGAGAGUGAGACCCAAAAUAUCAGGAGACCCUCAGUCAAAAUGGUCUACAAGGGCCACCGCAACUCCAGGACUAUGAUCAAGGAGUCGUGUUUCUGGGGGAACAACUUUGUGAUGAGUGGUUCAGACUGUGGCCACAUCUUCAUCUGGGACAGACACACGGGUGAGCACCUGAUGCUGCUGGAGGCCGACAAUCACGUAGUCAACUGUCUCCAGCCGCACCCCUACGACCCCAUUCUUGCCUCGUCAGGGAUCGACUACGACAUUAAGAUCUGGUCACCUCUGGAGGCGUCACCAUCCUUUAACAGAGUCCUAGCUGAUGAGGUGAUCACGCGUAAUGAGUUGAUGCUUGAGGAGACCAGGAACACCAUCACAGUCCCCGCCUCCUUCAUGCUGCGAAUGCUGGCCUCCCUUAAUCACAUAAGAACGGAUCGCUUGGAGGGUGACCGCUCAGAAGGUUCUGGACAGGAGAACGAGGAUGACCAGUAGCUGCCCGAACACCAUUUUAUUGGAAAAAGAAAACACCAUUUUUCUUUUGCUCUAAAAAGCACUUGAAGAUCUUGAGAUUUGUACAAGUAGAAUAUUUCUUUAUCUGAGCAUUAGUUACAUUUUUAGCUCUUCUUUUUUAAGAUGACUUUCUUACUGGUGUGUCUGUAUGAGAACUGCAUUUGAGGAAAAAGUUUGUGAAUGCAAGCGCAAAGCCAGACGUGUGUUUGUGUGUGUGUAUGUAUGUAUAUAUAUAUAUAUAUAUAUAUAGUUAAAGUCGCAAGUUUACAUACACCUUAGCCAAAUGCAUUUAAACUCAG